AUGGGCGCAAAUACAUAUUUGUUCAACUUCAAGCAUGAAGAAUAUACCAUAAAAAUUCAUGGAGAAGGGCCAUGGAGGGUGGACGAACAUAUACUUAGCUUGCAAUGGUGGAGGCCAGAACUUUCAUUCGAAAAGGUAUGUUAUAACUUCAUUGCUAUCUGGGUCCAAGUUCAUGCCUUUCCCAUGGAAAAGUUGAACAAAAGUAAUGCUGAAAAGAUAGGAGCUUCUCUAAGAAAACUAUUAGAAGUUGAAGAUCCUUAUGUUGACGAGAAUUUGCUUAGAAACUUUCUGAGAGUCAGAGUGGAGGUGAAUGCGUUGAAGCAAUUGAAAACAGGGUUUUGGUACAAGAGAAAUAAUGGCAGCUAUUCUUGGGCAUCAUUUAAAUAUGAAAGGUUAUAUGAUUAUUGCUAUAAUUGUGGAAGGAUAGGUCAUGAUAGGAGAAGCUAUAGAGAGGAGACGGCAAUGGCUAUUCACAACUCAAACUUACCAAGAUAUGGGCCAGAUCUUUCAGUUUCGGAACUCAAGUCGAUUUCUUCAUUAGCUGAAAAAGCUGGAAUCAGGCAAAAAGACAAUGGAAUUAAAAUUUCAUAA